UGACAAGUUCAUUGUGUGCCGAAGCCAGCUGAUGUCUCUCUUUACAAUUUGCCCAGCCUGUUCUGGAAAAACGCAAGGAAAUGUUGAGAAGCAGGAGGGAACUUUUUUAAAAGUAAAGCAGGUCUGUGCAGCAUGUGGGUACCAGCGUUUCUGGCAGAACCAGCCAAUGCUGCAUCGCAAUAUGCCAGCAUGCAACCUCUUAAUGAGCGGGGCAAUACACUUUUCAGGUUGCAUGGCUACCCAAACCAUCAGGAUGUUGAAACUCUUUGAGCUUCAGUGCAUCACUGUCAACACCUUCUUCCGCCAUCAGCGAUUGUAUACAAUUCCUACUGUCAUUAAGGCGUGGCAGAAUGAACAGGCAGGAAUAAUAAGAGAUCUGAAGGAGAUGAGUGGGGGACUGAUCCUGUCUGGUGACUGCAGGUCAGAUUCUCCUGGCCAUUGUGCAAAGUACGGCACAUAUUCUUUGAUCGAAGAUCGAAUAAACAAGGUUUUAGAUGUUCAGCUUGUACAGAGCUCAGAAGUCCCAAGUAGCAGCUGGUGUGAGUUAGAGGGUCUAAAGCGCCGCAUAAGGUUUCUGACUGAGCAAAAUAUGCAAGUGUCAGCCCUCAUCACAGACAGAAAUCAGCAAGUUGCCAAAUGGGUGCGGGAGGAGUUGUGUUCAAAGGGAACUAACCAUUUCUUUGACAUAUGGCAUAUUGGCAAAAGUGUAGGGAAAGCUUUGGAUGCUGCUGCAAAGUACAGGGAUUGUGAAGAUCUGAAGCUGUGGAGGCCAGCUGUAAUUAACCAUCUCUACUGGACUGCAGCUUCCAGUCCUAAUGGAGAUGCAGAUGUGAUGGAGGCUAAGGGGAAAAGUAUGGUCAACCAUGUUCAGGACAUCCACGUACAUGACACUCCUACAUUUCCCUGCGGUGCACAUCUACCUCUAGAGGGGGAAGCAAGAAACAAGGCGUGGCUGGAACCAGGAUCAACUGUAGCAGUUAAACUGGAGAGUAUAGCUUCUAGAAUAGCGCUGGUAAAGGAUGUUCGUCAGUUGUCCCCACAGCAUCAGACCUUUUCACUAGAGGCAUUUCACUCUCUCAUGCUGCACUUUGCACCAAAACACACUGGGUUCUCCUUCCUUGGAAUGUACAGCAGACUUCUCCUUGCGGCCCUGCACUUUAACCACAACGCCGACAGACAAGAUGCUCAAACCAGUGAUGGUGAGGCGCGUUAUGCUGUUCGCUACCCUAGGUUCCGCAAAGGUGGCUGGGUAGUCCGUCCUGUUAAGGAAAAGCCAUAAUACACAUAUGCAUCAUCCCUCAUGGAGUCUCUUAGAGUGGAAUAUUCAAGGUCACCACAGAGUCUACGAGAAUCCAGCACUGUUCUGUUUUUAAAUGCACCUGCACCCCUCUCCAGCUCCUACCAGAGGAUCGACAAGGAUGAGGCUGUUGGCUUAUAUAAAGUGGUUCUCAAACUGGGGGCACUGAGAUGGUACCAGGGGGCCCCAGGUUAAUGACUUCUUAUAAAAUAAAAACAUCAUAAAUUCUGUGUAAUUAAACCUCAGAAAAAUAAGGCUACUAACCAAUACCACUACAGUGUGUGUGUAAUGUAAUUUUUUGUUUACUUCAAAUUUUAAGUUUCGCAAUGUUUUGUGUCAUACACUUUCUUUGGGGGGGCACGAAGGGGUGCCGAGAAAGUUUGAGAACCACUGCCUUAGCGCAUUGCUGUGAUAAUCUCCCAAAUUACUGAAGUUACUGAACAAUUAUGAAACGCUUUUAAACGGGUGAGAUGGUAUAUUUCUCUCUAGGUGCUACAUAAAUAAAAACUGAAUUUAAUUUACCACACAUCCAGAUCUGCUUGGUUUAUAUUUGAUGUAAACUAUGGUAAAAUAAGACAAAUAGUAAUUUCUUUGUUUUAUUCAUCACCAAAAUGGGGCCAUUCAAAGCCUUUAUAAAGACCACCUUCCUCCGGAAACUGGCUUCUAAUAGCGGACACAACACAUGCAGGUAAUGGCUUUCUAAAGUGUCUGCCCAGAACACCAUAGGCCCAGCGGACAACCUGCCUGUAUGCUGUGUAGCGGUACUGUCUGGAGAUGGGGACAAAAUAUUUAAUUAUUGUCUUAUAACAGUGGCAUCAAAAGUGUGAUAUACACAACUUGUAAUUAAAAACAAAUUCAUUCAGAUUGUUUUAAUAUACCAAUUAGUUAAAUUUACUAUCCCUUACACACAUCAAAUUAGUUAAAUUUACUAUCCCUUACUAGGUACUACAUAAAUUGGUAAUAGUAAAACAUUAUCUCUGCCCUAAACCUACUCAUUUCUGCUGGCCUGGAGAGGUCCAUGUCCCUGUCUAAAGUGCAUGUAGGCUAUCUGUAGCACAUAUGGAUUUAGACAACACGCCUCAAAGCCCGGAUGCAGAGUCAGGCACUGUACUUGAAGUCUGGGGGUGACGUUUUCCACCAAUGCCCAGUAUGCAUCCAACUCCCUGCAGCACUGACUUUCCUCAGCUGUGACCAUAGGCACACAUUUCCCACACAAGCACCUAUUAAACAAGAACGGGUUUCGGGUAAAUGCUCCUGUCCCUCUCCUGCUGUGAUGAGAAACCGCUGCAUCACGUAACGUAAGUGGGGAGGGAUAUUAACGAAUGACAUUACACCUGCUCAACACUUACUAGUUUAUGUUACUGGUAGGUAGCAACACUAGAUGACCAGUAUUUUCUUUGCUAUUGCAUGAUUAAUGAUGAUAAUCUGUCCAAUUUUAUGAUCUGAGCACAUAUUACAUCUCGUUACCUGACGUGUAUGUAUCUAUAAACACUGAUCUCAAACCAUGAAACCUGCCCAGUUCUCCACUGGUUCUCCUCACACCAAAACUCAAUUUGUCUCCUUUGACCGACCUGUCUAAUCCUGGCUUGUCCCUGCUCUCUUGGCUGCAUAACUGGCUCAUAAUUGUAAGGCUGUGGUCCAUCAUAUGAGUAAGAAUAAACAUUUACUACUUCCUCAGCAUCCGAAAAACUGUCAUUGCGCUACAUCGUGUGCCUCUGAUGAUGUCACUUCCAGUUUGGCGGUUUUUAGAGGCGGGUCUAAAAUUUUCUUACAAAAAUGACUCCAGAAGCCUAAUUAGUGCAUUUAGAAAUAUAUUUUUUUUAAAUCUAUUUCCUACAGUAUUUUUCUGUACUUCGAGUAAAUGGGUGGUUUAACUUACAACUUGCUCUUUAAAAAUUAUUUUAAAGAGAAUAGCAGAGUUCAUACCACAACUAUGUUUAAAUAGCAAAUGCAUUUGUGCCCCCUUUUGCGCCCAUGGGCGUUCUGGUCUGAAAACAAGGUGUGUUCAGGCGCAUUGUUGGCGCGUUGCUAUUUUGAGGCAACUAAAAUAGACUACGCCAUUAUCUAAAACCUUUGUUUUUUUUAAAUGCUACCUCACAGAUUUAUUGUAUAUGAUCUGUA